AUGCCUUCAACAAGGGAGGUCGUGAUCGACUACGAUGAGGUCAACUAUCGCGAGGAGACGCAAAAAUUCUUUCGUGAUUUACCACACUUUGUCAAAGAAUACAUUAUUGCCCUGCUACCUAUCGCAUCAUGGAUCCAUCGCUACAACUUGAUGUGGCUCGUUCGUGACCUGAUUGCAGGUGUCACUGUCGGAAUCGUUGUUGUUCCUCAAAGUAUGGGUUACGCCAAAAUCGCUGAACUUCCCGCAGAAUACGGUCUUUACACUGCAUUUGUUGGCCUAUGUGUCUACUGUCUGUUUGCAACCUCCAAAGACAUCUCAAUUGGUCCUACCGCUGUCAUGUCCCUGUUAGUCGGUCAAUCGGUCACUCAUGUUACUGCACAACAUCCAGAAAUUACCGCCCAGGAAAUCGCUGUCGCAUUCUCACUCAUAUGUGGCUCAAUUGCCAUGUUUAUUGGUGUCGUGAGAUUGGGCAUUAUUGUUGACUUUAUUCCAGGUCCUGCCAUUGCUGGUUUCAUGACGGGCUCAGCUAUCACCAUCACCAUCGGUCAGUGCCCCAAGCUCUUUGGUAUCCCAGGUAUCAACACCCAGGAUUCGCCCUAUUUGAUCUUUGGCAACUUUUUCAAAUACUUGCCAGACACCAGAGUCGACGUUGCCUUUGGAUUGGUGGGCCUGUUUUUCUUGUAUGGUACUCGAUUCCUUUGCAACUACUACUCCAAAAAGUAUCCCAAGUAUGCCAUGCCCCUCUUUUUCGUCAGCAUCAUGCGCAAUGGUGUUGUCGUCAUCUUUGGUACCUUGAUUGCCUUUUUGAUCAACAUUGGAAAAGAGACAAGCCCCAUCUCUAUCUUGAAAACCGUCCCUCCUGGAUUCCAGGCCAUGGCUGUCCCUAGCAUUGGCGCAACCACAAUUAGUUCCAUCGCCGGCUCUUUGCCUUCCGGUGUCAUUAUUUUGAUUUUGGAGCACGUUGCCAUUGCCAAAUCAUUUGGCCGUAUCAAUGAUUAUACCAUCAAUGCUGAUCAAGAAAUCAUUGCCAUCGGCUUCACGAACAUUUGGGCUGCAUUCUUUGGUGCCUACCCUUCGACUGGAUCCUUCUCUCGUACAGCCAUCAAAGCCCGUUCCGGUGUCAAGACGCCUAUAGCCGGUAUCUUUUCCGGCUUGGUCGUUGUUCUCGCACUGUAUGCACUGACACCAGCUUUCUACUACAUUCCCGACGCCAUCCUUGCAGCUGUCGUUAUCCAUGCUGUUGCCGAUCUCGUUUCAGGUCCAAGCUACGUGAAGCGUCUUGCAGCUGUCAGCUGGUGGGAACUUCUCGUAUUUGUCGUCGCCGUCGUCGUCACGUUUUUCUCCACUGUCGACUACGGUAUCUAUGGCUCGCUCGGUUUGUCUAUCGUUGUCUUGCUUUUCCGCAUUGCUCGUCCACGUCUUUGGGCACUUGGCCGUGUCCCACUCACCAAGACGAAUGACGACGAUGUUGCUGCAUCAUCAGAUGAAAAAACUGGUGCUAACACAACUGAGCUCGAUCAACAACAACAGUUUCAGGAAUUCUUGUAUGUUCCGGUCAACCAUCCAUCUCUUGGUCGGCUCGUCGAGAAACUACCCCGUGGUGUUCUCAUGUUCCGUAUCGAUGAAUCAAUGACUUAUCCCAACUCGGGCUUCGUUGCUGACAAAAUCAUCAGCUAUUGUAAAGAACAGACACGACGCGGCGGCAAGGUUUUGUCCAAAGGUGAACGUGCAUGGAACGAUGACGCCAAUCCAAAGAUUGAAGCCGCUCGGGCCUCAUUGCCGAAAAUGCAUGCCUUGUUACUGGACUUUAGCGCUGUCAAUCGAUUGGAUUCCAGUGGUUUACAAGCCAUCGUCGAUAUGCAAAACACUUUAAACCGAUAUGCUGGUCAUCACGUUGAGUUCCAUUUCAUCAACCUCAGCAACAACCCUUCGAUUCGUCGAGCCUUGAUCAUUGCUGGCUUUGGUACACAGCCCCGUGUUCUGUUGGAAGACGAUGAACAAUCCUCGUCUGACGCUUCUGGUUCCGGUUCUAACCAUCACAGUCAUCAUCAUCAUCAUCAAGUUUCUACUGGCCCUGUUGAAGUCUUGCCCAUUGUUCCUAACUCAAAAGACGGUCCUCAUCACCAACGUCAACAAGCGCUCGAAGCAUCCCUUCGUCGACAAGAAGAUCUCGAGUCGAAUUAUAUCAGUCAACGCUCAGAAGUCAUCGACAAGAAGCAUCAUGAUGAUUAUGAAAUCGAACAGGUGUCGAUCCAUCUUCCCAAGGACAAGUAUCCAUUUUUCCACUGGAGCGCUGAUGCAGCUGUGCGUGUGGCUAUGCAUACCUAUGAUACUGAUCGUAUCGAUGGUCAUGAAGAUCAGAACGAUGACAGCAGUAACGAUGAUCAGUCGCGCGCUUCUGUUGAAAAGGACAACAAUGAUGAAGAACAACAGCAGCCACGACACUAACUACGCCAUCAAAGCGCUCUCUUCCUCCAUAACAUCUUUCCACCGUCCACAUCGUCAUUUUUACGAAAGCUGUUUACCUUCUCUUCGUCCAACUAUUCCUAUCAUCUUUAUUGGAUAUAAGCCAUUGUAUCAUCAACGAUUUAUUCGUUUUAUCCUUCCACUUUCUUCUCUCUCAUCUUUCUUUUUUCCCU